CGAUUGUAAAUCAGGUGCUGGGGCGUGAUGCUCGCCUUGAUGUUCGAUGGUGCUUCGUUCAUCACGUAUUCCACCGCCUCCUUGGUGCUGAUGUGUUCCAUGGUCAUUUUGAGGGUCGGAAAGUCCUUAACCAGCGGUUUCAUGAUUUCCUCGAUAAAGACGGGUUCCCGUUCGAAAAUAUCGGCGUGCGUGACCUCUGAAUGAAUGCAGAGCAUCAUCCCAACCUCCUGCAUCGCUUCCAGAACCGGGUAGAUAGCUUUGACGUUCGACACUCCAAAGGCAGAAUUGGUCGUAGCUCCUGCCGGGUAGUACUUGCAGGCGAUAAUAGUCGGUGUCCCAUCAGAGUUCUUCAUCGCGGCUGCCUUUCUGAUUUCUUCCGGAUCCGUGUUGUCGGUGAGAUAGAGCGUCAUCAGGGGUUGGAAGUAUGCUGGAUCUUGCCCAUUUUGCGCUAGUGCGGACAUGAUGCGCUCCUUGUAUUCCAGGGCGAGUUUGAUGGUGGUGACGGGGGGUUUCAGGUUCGGCAUCAUCAGACAACGACGGAAUCGAGGGUAUGCGUGUUUCAGCACAGAUGCUGUCGGCGGACCAUCUCGGCAAUGGUGGUGGAAGUCGUCGGGGUAGCGAAUAGUGAUCUUUUCGUUUUCCGUCAUCGUGGUGUCUUGCUGCGCGCUACGAAUCUAUUUUGCAAGUGAGAUAAGAUCACCACCAAGGGUUGUUCGAAAGUGAUGUGUUGCGGAAUUAUGGUGAUGCGAUCCUUCGAUAUGGAUUCGGGGAGGAUUGAUUUGAUGUUCUGAAAAAUUUCAUGGCAUAAAGACGUUUGACAUCUUCUCGUACGUCCGCCAUCCGUCGUCCGUCUGCGCGCCAAAAUUUCUGGAGAUUUUUUGGAUCAAGAAAAAAUCAUUGAUUUUCUUUGCGCGAUGUUCACGGCCGCAAGACAAAACAUUACGCAUUGCCAUUGGCACCAGAAACAACAGGAUAUGAUAGAAAGGCAAUAUUAUUUUUGCAUUCAAUACUGCUGUGGCGUUUGGUAAGGACAGGGUGAGCCUCGACAACCCAUAACGCACAUACUAUCGCAGCAUCCAAAUUUUCGAGCACGAUGUCUGACGAACAAUCUCAAUGUCAAUCCCAUUCCGAGUCGAAGGCCCUCACGGACAACCCGGUGUUUUCAUCGGCUGCUUUGUGUGUGGUUUUAAACCACCUCGGCCAGAGUUUUAGACCUGAGUACACCCACCAGCUUGUCGAAGGCGAAUGUUGGCGGGGGUACAGACCUAUCGCAUCGGUCCUUCGAGCAGCGAAUAGCAGCUACGAAAAGUCCGUGACCAACGGAAAGGAGCAACAAUCCUCGCUUUCAUCAUCGACAACGGCAACGACACCCGAUCAAUCCAUCUUGCACAAAUCCCACGGAAACCACAGCUCAGCCGCGAGCGAAUUGGAGAUCACGGUGGAGAUAGCUCCGUCGUGCCAAACAUGCUGUGUAGAGAUCAAACGUGCCGAAAGCAAACGCGACAAUCAAAAUUGCGACGAUGAACCAGCGACGAAACGACUAAAGACAGCAUUGGAUUCCGUAUCUCGGUCAGAAGGCAAUACAAGUUCGCCUGAGAAUAUUACCUCGUUGUCCUGUCAAGCUCCAAUGACAGAUUCCGAGAUCAUCGGCGCCUUGUCGAAGGCAUUGCCACGAAUAAUUUCCGCAAAUGCCGACGUCAAAAAAAGCUUUCUUUCCAAACCAAUUGGCGAUAUCGUGGAGGAGUAUUCGAUUCCUGCAACCACACAAAGUGAGAAUAGUCCUUCUGCAUCGGCUGUAGAAUUCGUUCUUACCGUUGCUGAUGGGAAAUUGCCAGAGGUGACCGAAUACCAAGAUUCCGUGCAAAAACUGUCUCUGUUUUACAUCGAGAAUGCGGAUACGGUAGAUGUUGGGAAGGAUGGUGACGGUGGAUUUUGGAAGAUCCUGUACCUGUUUCGAAAACAUACUCUACCCGCUUUUGACAACAAAUCGGGUUGCGAAGAUGGUGAUGCAAAGGAAAAGACAAAGAAAUAUCAAUUUCAAUAUUCGCUGGUGGGUUACGUCACCCUUUUUCAUUUCAAUGCCCUAUUCCACAAACCUGAGCCGGGGUGGAUUCUCCGUAUUUGUCAAGCACUGGUCUUGCCACCCUUUCAGGGCCAAGGCCACGGGAAACGGCUCAUGCAGGCCGUUUACAGCAUGGCUCACUGCACGAAUAACACAGAAAAUGCGAAAAGCAGCCACAACAUUGUUCAAGUGAACGUGGAAGACCCGGCUCCGGCGUUUAUUGCAUUGAGAAACAGCAUGGACUGGAAUCUUGUUCGGGAGCAUCACCAGGAAUGGAAUUGGCCACAAAAAGGAUCUUUAAGAGAAGAAAAUUCCAAGAUGGUGGCACCAGCGGACGAGCUUGUUUUGUUCUUUUCUGCCAUGACCGAAAAGGAGGCAAUGGAGGUGAGCACCAAAGCCAGGAUCACUCCGAAGCAAAUCCAUCUCACAAACGAGUUGCUAAAACUACAGGCGGUCCGUAAUUUUCUCGAUGAAGAAACAGUUAGUAGCGGAGACAAGGAAGCUAUUGAACGGUAUUUUCGUUUGAUGGUCAAGAGACGUCUGAACAAAGACCAUAGGGAUGAACUCUUGGAAUUACCUAGCAAGGACGAUCAGAAAGCCAGGUUGGCAGCGCUCUUUGCGGAGGAGGUAAAGGGUUACGAACGAAUUCUCACUAAAGGAUAAUGCAAUCUUUACCUUCCGGCGUCUGUCGAUUUCGCUUCCUUUCUUUUCCUUUGUGUCUACAUGAACCACUUGAAAUUCUCCUUUGCAUCCUUACGACUCCCAUGAUAGAAGCGAAGUUGAUGUACCUAUGAAAAUUCUUUGAUAUAUAACUUUUGUUUUAGGGGCAAAAAAGCAAAUAUUUGUUUUACUUUCUCCCACAGCUUUGUUGCAUCUUAUUGCAUUGCAUAUCAGGUAGCGAGUACGCAAAUGAAAAUCUAUUGGUAGCAGUAGCAGUAAACUUAUGUACAAAUUCCGUCGUGUUGACUAUCCGACAACCUCGACCUUCUUUGCCGCAUCAACUCCCCCAUCAGAAUUCGAAUCAACACUACCCCGCAUUCGAUUGAUCAGUUUGCCUUUGCGUUUCUCGAGGAACUCAUUCCAUUGAUCGCGGUGAUCAUUGCGAGCAUACGCAAAAGGAGUGUUUCCGCGAACAUCUUCUGUAAGCAGCAAGGCCGGAUCGGCGUGGUCUAUCAGCAGGUCCACAACGUCGAAAUUUGGAGUCGACGUCCACAGUGCAUCGUGAAAGGGAUUUCGCCCAAAGUCAUCGCACCGAUCUGUUCUCACCUUCACUUCCACUAAAAGAAAUUCGACAACCUUGCGGUAACCUCUUCUGCAUGCCAUGUGCAAGACAGAUUCACCAAAUUGAUUGCAUGCGUCCAUGCUUUUCCCACUUUGCCAUAACUGCCGAAGUAAGUCUAGGUUGUUCGAUCGAAUCGCCUUGACUGUCUCAAGAUCGUAUGCAGCGAUGUCUACCUCUGAAGGUUUCUGAAAGGUGAGUGCUUUUGGCGUUGUUAGUGAUGUUGAUUUUGGUGUUGUCAUCUGUUGUUGUACUGCCGCCGAGGAGUUUUCACUGCUGCUGCCGUUAACAGCAUCAGCAGAUGAAAGUAUUGUUUGAAGCACAUCAAGAGGUUUACGUUUCGUGACCUUAGGCUUGACGGUUGCCGCUGAGGAAUCCGAUGGUGUUUGCAUAGCUAUUGAUGUUGUUGCUUUGUUAGUUUUGGGUUUAGCUUUCGUGUGGACAACCCUGGGUUGUUGCGCAGGAACUUUUGAUGUUAUGGGGACAAGAUUGUUGCCGGUAUAAGGCAUUAGCUUCGGUGCUAAUGUCAUCUUUCGAAUGAAUUUUGAUUGAAUGACUGAUCGUGAUGUAUUCGAAUGACGUGAUGUUAUUUGUUCUUUUCUACUGCCAAUGGAUUGAGCUUGUGUUCAAACAAAGAGCAGUGCUCCCG